AUGGGCUGUGCGCGCUGGCUGGCGCUGGGCGGCCUCCUGGCCCUGGCGGGGCUGCUGCAGGCCCGGCUGCUGCUCCCGCAGCAAGCGGGUUUUGGCGAGUGCGACCGCUUCUUCUACGCGGGGACCCCGCCCGCCGGGCUGGGGACCGAGGCACACGUGAGGAUCUGUCAACGCUUCGCGGGUUCCGAGCGCUUCGCUACUCUGUACAGCCCGGGCCACCGCAUCCCCGUGUUCUCCGCGUUUCGCGCUGCGCGCCCCGCGUCCCGCAGUGCCGAGCAGCGCGGGCUGCUGGAGCCGCAGAUUGAUGACCCUGACAGCAACCUUGAGGAGGUAAUUGAUGAGGCUGAUGCUGUUACCUCCGUGAACAAUCUGGGAAGCAAGCAAGCCUUGAAUGCAGACUACCUUGACUCUGGCUAUGAAAUCGGACAGCUGUACCCAGUUCCCCUUAACAAUGACCUCCAGACACCCACAUUCCCACUCACAAAUUCAGUUCCAAUGACCCAGUCUUUCCGGGAACGAUGGCACAUGAGUCUCAACAGCCUAAUGGACCGAGCCUUGAUCCCACAUUGCAAUGAUGGCAAAGACCUAUACACCCUCACGGGUGCUGUUCCCUCAGAGCACAAAGUUAAGGACAAAGUGACUAUCCCUGAAUUUGUCUGGCUGGCAGCCUGCUGUGCAGUCCCUGGAGGAGGCUGGGCCAUGGGCUUCAUCAAGAACACUCAAGACAGUAAUGUCAUAGAAGAUGUGAUGGUGAGAGACCUUGAGAAGCUACUUCCUCAUAAGCCUCAGCUGUUCCAGGACAACUGUGGCGAGACAGAGCAAGACACAGAGAAGAUGAAGAAGAUUCUGGAAGUGGUCAACCAAGUCCAAGAUGAGGAGCGGUCUCUGAAGUCUCAAGAGAUCAUGAGUCCCCUUGCCAGCACCCAAAGCCAGCGGUCUGCCCUGCUGCCCCCAGAAGCACCGCCGGAGGGAGGGGGCAGUUUUCUGGGAAAAGUCCUGGGUUUCCUUGCUACCCCGUUCAUUAAACUCUUCCAGUUAAUUUAUUACCUUGUUGCAGCCAUCUUAAGGAAUAUAGUCCGUCUCCUUUGGUUUGUCACCAAGCAGGUGAUAAACACUGUUGAGAGUUGCCUCUACCGUCUGGGCAAAGCUGCUGUCUCAUACCUCGUGGCCAUUGGACAAGAGUUGGUGAGCAUUCCCUGGAAAGUGCUCAAGGUCGUGGGCAAAGUCAUCAGGGCCUUUCUCCGGAUCCUCUGCUGUCUGCUAAAGGCCGUCUGCCGAGUCCUGAGUGUCCCUCUCCGAGUCCUUGUGGAUGUAGCCACUUUCCCUGUGUAUACUGUGGGGGCCAUUCCCCUUGUGUGCAAAGACAUUGCUGUGGGGCUGGGUGGCACCCUCUCGCUCCUCUUUGACACUGCUUUUGGCACCAUGGGUGGCCUGUUUCAGAUUGUUUUUAGUGUCUUCAAGCGGAUUGGCUACAAGGUUACUUUAGACAAUUCUGGGGAGUUAUAGAACUCAAAAACCUAAUAAUGUUCAUUGUGGUGAAUUUUGAUUUUUUUUUUUAAACAGCAGGUUUCUGUUCUUUGUCAGCUAUUAUGUUAUAUCUGCCUGGUGGGGAUGUGUGUUUUUCUGCAAAAGAGUAUGGCAUGCUCUAAGUUUGAUCUAAGAGAAAUGUUCAGGGUAGGUUUGGUGUUGUGCAACUACACAGGUGGCCUUCCAUGAGUUUGAUAUCUUUUUAGCACUGCGCUCCUACUCAGAGGGCAACACCUGGCAUGACCCGGGCUUAUUAUGAAAAUUGAUAAUAAGGAGGAUGACAUUAAAUGCUGUGAGAAACGGUAUUGUGUGCCUCCCAUUACUCUUGGGGAUUUAAGGCAAACUAGAUCUGUGUAUUGUUAUCCAGUCUCAGAAUCUCCUCUUCCUCUCCUACCUAGCAAUGAGCCGGGGACUGCUCUGUUGAAAUCCUUCCCUUAUUGAGACGGCAUCUGCCAUAGCUCUGACCUUUACCUAGGUCUCCGGGGUUAGUUGAUUUAAUUUUCUCCCAAAGUUGAAUUUUGCUGUGUCACAAUAAGCAUUUUAUGCCAAAUAUGACAUACUAAAAUUUGAAUGCAGCCCCAGUUGGAGUAGACCUGGUCCCUCUAGGCAUAGAGGAGGCAGCAUAAAGUAGGUACUGGGUGUCUCCAGGCAUUCCUAGGGAGCCUUUGUCUGUGCGAUGUUACAUCACUGGCUGACGACAUUAAACACAAAGAUCUGCAUGUUAAUAAUAUGAAACUUCAUAUUUCCAGCAUCUAAUCAAUUAGGUGAGUAUUCAGUACCAUAAACUAGUCUGACUUCUCACCUGAAACAAUUAUUUGUUAUAACUAUCUAGGUAAUAGAAAAAAUGAAAAACAUUCUGGUCCUCUUGGGUAGAAGCAUAUGUAUGUACAUAUUUAAGAAUCAUGAUCUCUUAGAAUAUUAUUUUUAUAGUGUGUUUGAAGCUAAAAAAAAAUCAGUCCUUCAUUAAUGCAAGUUAAAUUUGAGAGCUUAUUUCCAGGUUUGAUCAAUCACUUAUUAUUUUAAAUCUUGCACUAGAAAUUAUAACAAAAGGAGCCAAGGGGACAGACAUCAGCUGUUCCCAGCUGGCACAGGAGAAUUAAAUUCUGCAGAAAAAGAUUUGGAUAGCACCAGAGGGGACUGGCAGCCUGCAGGCUCCAUGCAGCCAGGACUAGGAGUCUGGACAGCAGAUGAGCCCUUGCUCAGGUAGAUACAUAUCAGUUACCAAGGACUCACAGCAGUAUUUGCCAUGAGUUUUCUCUGCCAGUGGGAGGGUGAGGGCUUACCUGGGCACUGCUGAGUCCAAAAGGGACUCUCAGAAGCUGCCAGAGAAAUGGCGUGACCAAACCCUCAUUUGUUUAGGACCCAGAGGCACAAGGAGGCUGUAUUUGACUUUGUUUGCAGGGCUAGUGGAAGCAGGGCAUGAUCAGCUAGGACACCCCAUCACAUCAGGGUGUGCCUCCCUGGGUGUAAGUAGGAUUUUAUCACCUAUCAAAGGCACCAGGCUCUGCGUCAUCAACUGGACGUGGCAUGGUUAACAAAUGCCAGGUAUUCAUGGAAGACACUGUGCUGACUGCAUCUCAAUGAGGCCCUUUUCCUUUCAGUGAAUAUUUGCAUUCUGAGAGGCCUUCCUUAGGGGGACACUCAGUGCACAAACCCCUUAUAAGGAAUCACUUGGAAAUACUCUACGCAACCCCUGCUGCCAUAUUCAGCUGUCUGGUUAUUUAUUCUUGUGUGGCAUUUUUUUAAAUGUGGAAAAUGAUAAGACAAAAAUAUAUCUUCAGGUUGGAGGGCUGAGGCCUUUCAUUCUGGAGUUUCUUGUUGUCAGGACCUCUGGUUCACUGGAACUAGCUGCAUUUGUUUUUAAAGUCCUACCAGAUCUCCGGGCUGAUGGCCCACUCCCAGGAGUCAGCUUAGGCCUCUGACAUGGGGGCUGGGAAGCAGAACCCCUGUCUUCAGCUUGGAGGGUUUGCUGCGGCUUCAUACUGUUCUCAGGCCCUUGGGGAAGCUGGCCAACUUUGUCAUUUAUAGAACUGUUUUGCUAGCCUGUGUCAGCCAUGUUCUCAGACACCCCUCUCCCUUAGUGCCUUUUCCACCUAAUGCAAACUAGAGAAUGGAAGGGACCCCAGGGAAGCACCCUCUGCCCUUCCUUCAUCUAUGCAUCUAGCAAACAUGUAUGAAGUGGAAAAUGCUCCAUCUAUGAAGAGUUCCCAGUAUGAUGGGAAAAACAGUACAAUUCAUGCUGUGAUGUGUCACGACAAGUACCACACUGAGGAUAUAUGCCCUGUCCUGCAGCACAGGAAGUAAACCUGCAAGAUCAGGAAGGUAAAGGACACCUUUACAGAGAGAGUGAGACAAAACUGUGUCGACCAUAACUAUGUACAGUGCUGUGCACCAUGCAGACGCUCAUUAAAGUCACUGCUGACCGCUCA